AUGACCGAACCUAUCGCAAACCAUUCGGGCUCAUCCUCCGACGAUGAGCCAUUAAGCCUUGACACCAAUACAGGCGUCGGGCUAUCGAACCCGCAGUUGUCUCAAGGCAGGCGCCAAAUGUUGGACCUAGUGAAUAAGCUUCACAGCACUGGCGUCCAAGUCGACAUUGACUUGCCACAGAUAGCCGUCGUCGGCUCGCAAAGUGCUGGAAAGUCGUCGCUCAUUGAGAGUAUUUCUGGCAUUACAUUGCCUCGCGCUGCCGGCACUUGUACCAGGUGCCCUACCGAAUGCCGCUUAUCUAGGAGCGACGGGCCGUGGAAAUGCAUCGUAUCUCUCCGCUUCACCACCGACGCGUUCGGUCAGCCUUUGGGUCAGGCCCGCAAUGAGAUUUUCGGUGGCGUCAUCUACGACAAGAGCAAGGUUGAAGACCGCAUCCGCCGAGCUCAGAAAGCUAUUCUGAACCCACAACGCUCAUUCAAGGACUUCCUAGACGACGACGAAGGGAUGUAUGAUACGGAGCUGAGCUUUUCCAUGAACUGCGUCAGCUUGCAGAUCAGUGGACCAGAUGUUGCAGACCUUUCAUUCUGUGACUUGCCCGGUCUUAUCGCGAGUGUUGGUUCCAACAGUAAAGGUGGUGAGAACGAUAUCGCAUUGGUCAAAAGUCUCGUCACUAGCUACAUCAAGAAACCCAGUUGUAUUAUUUUGUUGACGGUCUCUUGUGAAACCGAUUUUGAAAAUCAAGGCGCUCAUCAUCUCGCGAAGCAGUACGAUAAGGAAGGGAAGCGCACCAUAGGCGUCUUGACGAAGCCCGACCGCAUUCCGACUGGCGAAGAACACAUCUGGCUUCCGUUUAUUCAAAACGAGAAGGAGCCGCUCGUUAACAACUGGUUUUGCGUGAAGCAACCCAGCUCAAACGACCUCAAAGCCCAGCUUACCUGGGAGCAGGCUCGUCGGCGAGAAGAUGAAUUCUUCGCAACCACUGCCCCAUGGUGCGAGAUGGAUGCCGUGUAUCAAAAAUACCUUCGAACGCGCAACUUGGUCGAUAGAUUGAGCUUGGUCUUGUCAGAUUUGAUCUCGAAAAGGUUACCCGAAAUUCAACAGGAAAUUCAACGCACUAUCUCCGUCACCAAAGCAGCGCUUUCACGCCUCCCUCGCGAACCUCCCCCCAACCCCCAAGCCGAAAUUACGUCGCUCAUUUCUGACUUCACCAAAGAUCUCGAGAAGCAGAUCGAUGGCGUCCCUGACGCGAAAGGACUCAUCCAGAGCAUUCGACCGGCGCAUCAAAGCUUCAGGAAGGCCAUCCGGCGGACAGCCCCGAACUUCCGUCCGUUUGAAAGUAAGAUCAAGGGGCGGCACAUCGGCAGAGCAGCCUUCCUUGUGAAAGAGGAAGGAGAGGUUUUGGAUGGGGAGGAUAGCGAGGACGAAAUCGAAGAUGCUCCGACGACAGGCCGCGUGUCCCGUACCUCAUACACGGCCGACAUCGGCGACUCGCGCAGUGAACUCGGUGAUGAGGGGAUAUUCCAGCAGAACGAAGAUGAUUGCAGUGAGAAGCGGUAUACGAACAAGGUUUAUAUCGACCAGGUUUUGCAAAGGGCCCACGACGCUUGCACUCGCGAGCUUCCCGGAAACUAUCCUUUCAUCGUCCAAAAGACCUUCAUCCAAGCAAUCAUAAAGGAGUGGGAGGAGCCAGCCCUUCACCUUUGUGACACCACCUUCAGCCAAAUUGAUAGGCGCGUUCAAGAGCUUGUGGCGAAACAUUUUUCGCACUUUGGGCAGGGCCAUCUUGAGCAGCGCGUCAGGAUCUUGAUGAAAAGUCGCAUCGAGGAAUGUUUCGCAGACGCCAAGCACGUCAUUGAGUGGCACCUCAAAGUCGAAGACCAACCCUUCUCACUCAACACCCACUACCUGACUGCAUAUCGCGAGAAAUUCAUGGCGUACUACAAGGGCGAGCGACUGCGCUACGAUCAGACCGGAUUGAUGACCGCCCUCUCCAGGACCGCGAGCACUUCUUCGUCUCCUCAGGACACCCCUUCUGUUCUGUCUCAAAUCAUGUCCAACCUUGCAGCAUUGGGAAUAUCGGGCUUAGCGCCAGAGGACUUGAAGAAGUUGCUUCCUGCCGACGACAUGGAGCCGGCCUUGGGGAUCAUGGCUGAUGUCAGAGCUUACUUCCAAGUUGCGUACAAAAGGUUCGCCGACAACAUACCGCUCGCCAUCGACUACGAGCUUGUCCGUGGUGUCUCUCGGGAUCUGCAGCGUAAGCUGAACGAGCAGCUUGGGAUCAACGGCGUCGACGGGCACCAGAUCUGCCAAGACCUAGCGCAGGAGAGCCCGCAAACCGCAGACCGCAGGGUUGAUUUGAACAAGAAGCUCGAGAGGCUGAGGGUCGCGAACAGGGAGCUCAUGGGUCUCGGAGCCUAA